UUUUUUUUCAAAUGUCCUCGUACAUAUGCAAAAACUCUCUCUCUCCACUUCAGCAGUAACAGUUGACAAGGACCUGUGUUUGCCCCCACUGGGAUUGUUUCAUGCAUGGCUCCCUAAGGGAAAGAGAACUUCGUUUGUUACGUUACCCCGUCUGCAAAUUUAGUUGCUUUCACAAUCUGCUUCGUAAAAGUUCUUUUCUAAGAGUUGUUCAAUGGGAGGAGAGAGAGUUUUAUUCUCUACGUAGAGUUUAGUAUUUUGAGAUAAUGCCGGUUCCACUUGCCCCCUACCCUCCGCCACUUCCGCCACCUCCAUAUGCGCCUCCACCAAAUGCAGGUCCGCAGAGUCAUCUUGUCUGUUCUGGGUGUAGAAACCUUCUGCUUUACCCAGUUGGAGCCACCUCUGUGUGCUGUGCUGUUUGCAAUGCAGUCACCACUGUGCCACCUCCUGAAAUGGCCCAGUUAGUAUGUGGAGGCUGUCACACUUUACUCAUGUACAUCCGUGGAGCCACAAGUGUGCAAUGUUCUUGUUGUCACACAGUCAAUCUGGCUUUGGAAGCAAAUCAAGUGGCACAUGUCAACUGUGGGAACUGUAAGAUGCUACUGAGGUACCAAUAUGGAGCAAGAUCCGUGAAAUGUGCCGUUUGCAGUUUUGUAACAUUAGUUGGGGCCUCAACAAGUACCACUGAGCAGAAAUUCAACACCUAAAUGGCAGAAUCUUUCUCUAAAAUUCGUUGAAGACACCACGAUCUUGAUUUUAAUUGUUGCAUCUCAUCACCCUUGAGGAGUAACUAGUGAAUAUGUUAUAUCAGAGAAAAUUCCCCUCAAAUGUAUGAACUAUUUCCCCUUUACUGAAAUAAUUAAAUAAUUUUGGUAUCAUUGGUGUACCAUGUACUGCUUUAUUUGUAAGCAGUGUAAGCCUCUUUAAGGAAUCGAUGUCGCCCCAACAGUGUCAAUGUCAGUGCAGUUUUAUAUAGUUCUCCAAUAUGGAAGGCAGUGUCUUCCUAAAAGCUACUUGGAAUAACUAUUUGUGAUAAGAUUAUUGAUUCUUAGUGCUUUAGAAAA